AUGCGGCAUCCAUGCGGCGCGAUAUUUGCAGCGCUGCUAUGCUGCACCGCACUGCAGCCGGCAUUCCACCGCGCGCGCACCAAACGCUGCGCCGCAACCGACGACGAGCUAUGGGCUGAUACCAGCGGCGAUGACAUCGACCUGGCAGGUCUGGACGACGUCGACGCUUUGGACCGCUACAAGAGGCGGUGUGCCGCCUGUGCCCAACUCUGCGUCGAGCGAGAUAUUGCACCAUCAAAGGUCUGCGUCAUUUCAAAGAGUGAGGCCGCCGCGGUCAUCGCGUUUGGUGCGGGCUUCCGGCGGUUUGCGACUGAUACGGUCGCGAGAGCAUCUACCAUAGCGAGCGCGCUCCCGAAAAACGCGACGUUCCUCGCCCAGACGCCGCGCAAGGGCCCGCAUGAUGGCAAGGCCGCCGCCUUUCUGAAAUCGCGCCUCGUCUUCGAGCGCUACCGGCCGGGCGCGAAAUCCCGCGAGCGCGGCUCACGGACGAAGGUCUCGGCGUCGCGGCGGAAGUUCCUCGAGAAGCGCGACGCCGAGAAGAAGAAGUCGGACGCGGCGCCCGCGUCGCGCGGCCUCGCGUCGCCGGCCGAAGUGUCGGCGGCGCUCGACGAAGGUAGCGCCGACGACAUCGGCGGCGUGAUCGGACAGGACGCCGGCGCGGCCGUCGCUGCAGCUUCGAAACUUGCGGAGACGCGUCCAGACGAGCUGUUUGGAUUGGUCGUCCCGCUGCGGGACGCGUUCGGCCUCGACGCGGACUUCGACGUCUGGCCGCUCCUCGACGUCGACGACGCGGCGCUCGACGAGUUGCUUGGCGAUUUGGGUGGCGAAGAUGAGUCGGACGUCGAGUUCGAGAGCAUCCGGAUAAACCCGAAAUAA